CUUCAAUGAAGCCAGAGAGUAACUUGAUGGCGACAGGUUUGUGGCUGUCUACAGACUUUCCAGCUGACAUGGCGUAAUAUGUUAUGGGAAGUUAAUAAGACUGAACAAGUUGAGAAAUACAAGAUGGAUGCAAAUAGAAUUCAAGACUCUUUUGAUCUUCUGAAAUGCAAUGAGGCUCUGUCCUCAUCACCUGGCUGCCCCCCUACUCCCAUAGAGUAUGAUGACCUGCCAGAGCUGCAGGAGGUAGAGGAGAACCAGUCCUCUCUGGUGCUGUUCCAUGUGGGAACUGGGGUGUCACAUCAGGACUGUAUAGCUGGUUACCCUCACACCAAUUGGCUGACUGAGCUAGCUAACAUCGCCACCAGCCCUCAGAGCCCCCUACUGCAGGAGCCUCCUCCCAUCAAGAGGUCGUCUCCUAUGCACAUCUUUGCCACCAGUCGUAGUUUACAUUCUUACGCCCGACCUCCCCUGGCUAGCAGUGCACCCAGCCCCUCUAGGGGUCACCUUAGGGAGCGCAGCAGACGUGUCAGAGCCAGCAGUGAGUCAGAGUCUGGUGUGUUCUCUAUGUCAUCCUUCUCUGAUGAUGAGGACAUGGGUUGGUCUAACUCCUGGCCCUCAACUGCCUGGCACUGUUUCCUGAAAGGCACCCGGUUGCGGUUCCACAGGGGUUCUAACAAGGAGUGGCAAGAGGCUGAGGACCUGGGAGACUCUGAUGACGAGUCAGAUGAUGAUGAGAGAAUAAUGCCGUCCACUGCCCGAAAGAGCUACGGUUCGGAAGGUCUGAAGCUAGUGGCCCAUGAGGAGAACGUGUCGUACGGCCAGGCUGUCCUCAAACUCACCUUUGACCCCGGCUCGCCAGAAGAUGGCCUCUUAACGGCAGAGUGCAGAUUUGAUCACCCCUUCUUUGUGAAAAACAAAGGCUGGUCCUCGUUCUAUCCCAGCCUGACGGUGGUGCAGCACGGUAUCCCCUGCUAUGAGAUGCAGGUGGGGGACCUAUGUCUUCCUCCAGGCCACAGAGACUCCAUAAACUGUGACGACUCUGUUGUCUUCGACACCUUCAGGAGUUAUGACUUCACCCCUCUGGACUCUUCAGCUGUCUAUGUGCUGAGCAGCAUGGCCAGGCAGCAUAGGACCUCCCAGUCCAGCAGUGGCGCUGUCUCCCCUGACCCAGAGAAACUCUCCAGUUCCUUCCACCCCUCCUCCACCAGCAAAUCAAACAGGAGCAAUACCUCAGGGACAGCCCCUGGCGGGGCCACACCCACCAAAUGCAAGCGGCCAAUGAACGCCUUCAUGCUCUUCGCUAAGAAGUACCGGUUGGAGUACACACAGAUGUACCCUGGGAAGGAUAACAGAGCCAUCAGUGUAAUCCUGGGUGAUAAGUGGAAGAAGAUGAAGAACGAGGAGAGGAGGAUGUACACCAUGGAGGCCAAGGCUCUGGCUGACGAGCAGAAGAGACUCAACCCUGACUGCUGGAAACGCAAGAGAACCAACUCAGGGUCCCAGCACCAAUAGAUGGCCUGGUGAACAGACCGACCAGGUGAACAGACCGACCAGGCGACCCCACUAGCCUCUCUAGCCUGGUCCCAGAUCUGUUUGUGCUGUAUAGCCACCUAUGGUUGUUGGACCAUAAGACAGCACAAACAGACCUGGAACCAGGCUACUCUCUCUCUCUGCUCACCUGUCAAAUUGAUGAGACAUAACUGUGAUGCUGAAUACACUUUCUUUUAUAACUAAGAGACCUUAUAGAUAGGCCUACAAGAUAAAACGACAACUAUGAACUAUAUAUUAAAAAGCAGGUCAUCUAGUGUAACUAACCGUGCUUAUAUUUUCUUACAUUUUAAAAUGACAAGAGAUGGCUUGUUAUUCCUCUAUAAAAAAAAGGAAAGGCUCAGUUUAAUUUCUUCAGGUAAUUUCAUAUUUCGAGGCAUGAAACCUUGAGAUUAGGGUUGCAAAAUUCUGGUAACUUUCUAAAGAUUCCCCAGGUUUUCCAGAAAUUCAGGUUGAAAGAUUCCCAGAAUCAGGAGGGUAUAAGCAAGAAAUCCAGAAUCCUCCAACCAGGAAUUCUGGAAAACUUGAGAAUUUUGGUAGAGUUACUGGAAAUUGAGAAUCCUACUUGAGACCCAGUGGUGCUAAGUUCAGUUAAGGAAGGAGGAGCAGUGAUACAAAAGUUAUAUUUUUAAUUGUAAAAUAAAUAAGGGGGAUUUUAAAUAGCUUUGGUAACAUUUUAUUUUAAGGGUCCAUAAUAAAGCAUUUAUAAGGCAUUUACAAACCGCUUGCUCAUCAUUUAUUAAUCAUGCAGGAAUGUCUACCAAUGGCAUGUCCAUCUUUUUGUGAGAAAUUACACUGGUCACUCAAAAUAUUUAUAAAAUAUUCAUAAAGUAUAAAUAGUGCUCACUUUAGGGACUGUAAAAAUACUUUACUAAUUAUUAGUAAAUGGUUUAUAAAUGUGGGCGUAAUGAUGAAUAAAUGGUGACCACACAAUUUAUAGAUGCCUUAUUAAAUGGUUUAAUACGGAAGCUUAAAAUGGUGUUUUUUCUCUUUUCAGCUGUAGUUCAUAUUGACUUAUAUUUGUACAACUCAAUAUAUUGCACAGAUUGAUAAAGCCUUUCAUGCAUUGUAUCAUACAGUACAUGACCAAAAGUAUGUGGACACCUGCUCGUCGAACAUCUCAUUCCAAAAUCAUGGACAUUAAUAUGGAGUUGGUCCUCCUUUGCUGAUAUAACAGCCUCUACUCUUCUGGAAACGCUUUCCACUUGAUGUUGGAACAUUGCUGCCGGGCCAAUUUUUUUAAUUUAACCUUUAUUUAACUACGCAAGUCGGUUAAGAACAAAUUCUUAUUUACAAUGAUGGCCUACACCGGCCAAACCCGGACGAAGCUGGGUCAAUUGUGUGCCUUGCCUAGUCUCGCAUUGUCUUGUUUUGAUCUCUGUUUUUUGUUUAUUAUUAUUAUUACUCUCAGAAGGACCAACCAAAAGCGUCUGUUGGAGACACAGGUAGAGUGGUGAAGGAGCUGAUCCCCCUUAACUCCUUAUAAGGAACCACUCUCCUGGCCUCUUUUCAUUCUCAAGCAUACUUCUCCUCGCACUCUUGUGAGCAGUGAAAUGCUGUGAUACAUCUAAUUAUAUCAGAGAAUCAGGGUUACGAAAGUAACCUUAAGUUCUCUUUCAAAUACUAAUUUCAAUAUAUCACAUGCUCUAUGGUGAUAUGGCCAACUCUCGUAUCGCAAACAUGCUCACCGAAGCCAGGGUAGUCCCAACAUCAGCAACCCUCAGAGGCUCCGAAGCUGAGGAAGUGCGCAUGCAAGAAGUUGCAGAAACAAGUUGUUGGGAAAACUUCAUAACAAAGUGAGGGGAAGCCCAAAACAUGGUGCGCAAAUCUCAGUUUAAUGAGAUAUGUCUCUUUCGAGGGUGGUAACCAAAUGAUUGAAAGCAUUACACCCUUGCCUGAGCCUUCGUUCAAUCCAAGUAGAUGUGCAAUGCGUGUACUGGACAACAACAGGAACGCCCUUAUAGGCUCCAAGGUGGACCAAAGGAUGGGGUUAGGUAUAGGGUUAGCCUGAAAAUCCCUGGGUAGAAUGCGGGUGUGAACAGUGGCUGGUAGAGCACUGUCCACACACUCACUUUAGGGAUGCCAAAAGCAAAAGAUGGAGGAAUAUUGCUUCUCAGCGGCUAGUAGCUGCUGUGAAAGAAUCUUAAGCACAAUAGACAUGUCCCAGGUCGAGUAACCUCAUCCCUAGGCUAUUGCGCACGGCGCAAUAUAAGCCUUGGAUAUCAACGAUUCAAAGUUGGCCUUAGUGGGAGUGACCAUAGAAUUUUAUGGGAGCGAUUUGUCAUAAUUUAAUUUUGGAGAAUCACAUGACUGCAAAGAGUGGGAAGGUGUUGUAGGUGACGAUUGGUUGGUAGAUUAAGCCGAUUAAGCCAAUGCCUAUGCAAUGGGAGUUUCUCCCGUUCUUUCUGUAUUGGCUAACGAAGGCCAACAAGUUUGACGCGUUGGUCCACCAGACCUUCUCUCUGUCCAAAAAAGUCCUGCAAGGAGCAUAAGACCAUGGAACACAGUGUAGGACGAAACAAUCUGUUUAGUCAUACCACUUCUGUAAAACAGAGAGCAUGCAUAAAGGUUGGCCCUCUUUUUCAAGAGUCGAAGACCUGCAUUUCUUCUUCCUUAAAAUAAAAAUAAAAUAUUUAAAAAAUUAUGUCACCAGCAAUGCCCCGAGAGAGUAGAGAAUUGCUUUGUUUGCUAGGGUAUAAACCCUGCAUGCGCCAAUAGCUGCCAGGACUGGUUGUGAGUAGGAUAUACAGUGCCUUGCGAAAGUAUUCGGCCCCCUUGAACUUCGCGAACAUUUGCCACAUUUCAGGCUUCAAACAUAAAGAUAUAAAACUGUAUUUUUUUGUGAAGAAUCAACAACAAGUGGGACACAAUCAUGAAGUGGAACGACAUUUAUUGGAUAUUUCAAACUUUUGUAACAAAUCAAAAACUGAAAAAUUGGGCGUGCAAAAUUAUUCAGCCCCUUUACUUUCAGUGCAGCAAACUCUCUCCAGAAGUUCAGUGAGGAUCUCUGAAUGAUCCAAUGUUGAACUAAAUGACUAAUGAUGAUAAAUACAAUCUACCUGUGUGUAAUCAAGUCUCCGUAUAAAUGCACCUGUACUGUGAUAGUCUCAGAGGUCCGUUAAAAGCGCAGAGAGCAUCAUGAAGAACAAGGAACACACCAGGCAGGUCCGAGAUACUGCUGUGAAGAAGUUUAAAGCCGGAUUUGGAUACAAAAAGAUUUCCCAAGCUUUAAACAUCCCAAGGAGCACUGUGCAAGCGAUAAUAUUGAAAUGGAAGGAGUAUCAGACCACUGCAAAUCUACCAAGACCUGGCCGUCCCUCUAAACUUUCAGCUCAUUCAAGGAGAAGACUGAUCAGAGAUGCGGCCAAGAGGCCCAUGAUCACUCUGGAUGAACUGCAGAGAUCUACAGCUGAGGUGGGAGACUCUGUCCAUAGGACAACAAUCAGUCGUAUAUUGCAUAAAUCUGGCCUUUAUGGAAGAGUGGCAAGAAGAAAGCCAUUUCUUAAAGAUAUCCAUAAAAAGUGUUGUUUAAAGUUUGCCACAAGCCACCUGGGAGACACACUAAACAUGUGGAAGAAGGUGCUCUGGUCAGAUGAAACCAAAAUUGAACUUUUUGGCAACAAUGCAAAACGUUAUGUUUGGCGUAAAAGCAACACAGCUCAUCACCCUGAGCCACCAUCCCCACUGUCAAACAUGGUGGUGGCAGCAUCAUGGUUUGGGCCUGCUUUUCUUCAGCAGGGACAGGGAAGAUGGUUAAAAUUGAUGGGAAGAUGGAUGGAGCCAAAUACAGGAUCAUUCUGGAAGAAAACCUGAUGGAGUCUGCAAAAGACCUGAGACUGGGACGCGGAUUUGUCUUCCAACAAGACAAUGAUCCAAAACAUAAAGCAAAAUCUACAAUGGAAUGGUUCAAAAAUAAACAUAUCCAGGUGUUAGAAUGGCCAAGUCAAAGUCCAGACCUGAAUCCAAUCGAGAAUCUGUGGAAAGAACUGAAAACUGCUGUUCACGAAUGCUCUCCAUCCAACCUCACUGAGCUCGAGCUGUUUUGCAAGGAGGAAUGGGAAACAAUUUCAGUCUCUCGAUGUGCAAAACUGAUAGAGACAUACCCCAAGCGACUUACAGCUGUAAUCGCAGCAAAAGGUGGCGCUACAAAGUAUUAACUUAAGGGGGCUGAAUAAUUUUGCACGCCCAAUUUUUCAGUUUUUGAUUUGUUAAAAAAGUUUGAAAUAUCCAAUAAAUGUCGUUCCACUUCAUGAUUGUGUCCCACUUGUUGAUUCUUCACAAAAAAAAUACAGUUUUAUAUCUUUAUGUUUGAAGCCUGAAAUGUGGCAAAAGGUCGCAAAGUUCAAGGGGGCCGAAUACUUUCGCAAGGCACUGUAACUGCUGCCCGAAAGUCACUGGCCAUCGAGGGGCUCGAAGAUGAGGGUUGAGGCCCUAUUCCCUUGCUCUGUGUAGACGGAAAAGGGAGGGUAGGUAACAUAGUUGAAAAAGCAUACGGCAUCCCUCUAUUUCAUUGGUUUAUCAGCUCUCCCGCCCCAAAUGGCGUGGUCACCGUUUUUGGGAUGGGGUCUCCCAUGGCCCUCACAGGGUGUUCGCUUCUAUCGGGUGCAGCAAAUCAGUCCGGAUAGAUGUGGGAAGUGGGCUCUCUCUAGACAGAGCAGGCAAUGUAUCUGAAGGAAGAAGUAUUCAAAAUCCUGUAUUCAUAAAAAAAUCCUGUAUUCACUGAGAAGUAGAAAAGCAAUUGACACAAAGCAAAAACCUUUCGUUCAGUACUCAACCUCUCAACAGGGUCUGAAGAGCUACGCUCAGCAAAAAUAUCCCACACGGUUCGCUUCAGAGCAAAUAAGCAGGAAACAGGGCUCCAGUCAUGCUGAGAUCUAGAGAGCAAUAGUCCUCACGAAGAAGAUGAACGAGAAUGACCAUAGGCUUGGAGAGUGGCUCAUUAUAAGAAGAUGAGGGGCUCACCUCAUUUUCCACUCUGUCUCCAACAUAUGAUUUCUAUUGGCCCUUCCAAGAGUAUUGGUGAUCCUAGCGAAUCCCCAUAUGUGAUACAUCGAAAUGAGUAUUUGAAGGAGAACCCUUAUGUUAUUGUUCCAUUGCAAAACAUUUUGAAAGGUUUCCUUCCAUGCUCUAAUGAACAUAACUCAGAUACCCUGUUUCCUGAUUCACACUGUAGGGUCGAACCAAACUAUUAUGGCUUGGAUAUUUUAUUUUCACAUUGUGCUUUCUAGCAUGGUUUCAUUAACUGUGAUAGAUGUAUAACCAGGCCUCUCAGUACAGCUCGGCUAGGCUUGGCUUAGCCCUUUAGUGUGAAUCAGGCAUCUAGUUGCUAAACCAGCUGGUCGUGUGCCGAUGAUGAUGUAUGUUUCUACACAUGGAUGUUUUGCACACUCAUCCAAACAGCACUUCAGGCCCAAGCCUUCACUUUUAGUGUUUUAAUUUCUUUUUGCACUUUAUAUACAGUACAUAUGUAAUCUUAUACAGUACAACCAAUUAAAUGUAUGCUAGUGGAAGCUACUGGUAACUGCCAAAAUAAAGGAAACGUGAGUAAUGAGGGAUACAAAGUAUAUCGAAAGCAGCUGCUUCCACACAUAUGUGGUUCCUGAGUUAAUUAAGCAAUUAAAACAUCACAUCAUGCUAAGGGUAAUGUAUAAAAAUGCCCAGUUGCCCAUUAUUUUGAAAUAGGGGUUUAAAGGGUGUGUGUGUGUGUGUGUGUGUGUGUGUGUGUGUGUGUGUGUGUGUGUGUGUGUGUGUGUGUGUGUGUGUGUGUGUGUGUGUGUGUGUGUGUGUGUGUGUGUGUGUGUGUGUGUGUUUGUAUUUAUUAUGGAUCCCUAUUAGCUACUCUUCCUGGGAUCCAGCAAAAUUAAGGCAGUUUAUACCAUUUUUAAAACAUUACAAUACAUUUACAGAUUUCACAACACACUGUGUGCCCUCAGGCCCCUACUCCACCACUACCACAUAUCUACAGUACUAAAUCCAUGUGUAUGUGUAGUGCUUAUGUUAUCGUGUGUGUGUGUAUGCGCCAAUGUUUGUGUUGCAUCACAGUCCCCGCUGUUUCAUAAGGUGUUUUUUUUAUAUGUUUUUUAAAAAUCAAAUUUUACUGCUGGCAUGAGUUACUUGAUGUGGAAAGGAGUUCCAUGUUGUCAUGACUCUAUGUAGUACUGUGUGCCUCCCAUAGUCUGUUCUGGACUUGGGGACUGUGAAGAGACCUCUUGUGGCAUGUCUUAUGGGGUAUGCAUGGGUAUCCAAGCUGUGUGACAGUAGUUUACACAGACAGCUCGGUGCAUUCAACAUGUCAAUACCUCUCAUAAAUAAAAGUAGUGAUGAAGUCAAUCUCUCCUCCACUUUCAGCCACGAGAGAUUGACAUGCAUAUUAUUAAUAUGAGCUCUCUGUGUACAUCCAAGGGCCAGCCGUGCUGCUCUGUUCUGAGCCAAUUGCAAAUUUCCAAAGUCCUUUUUUGUGGCACCUGACCAUAUGACUGAACAGUAGUCAAGGUGUGACAAAACUAGGGCCUGUAGAACCUGCCUUGAUGAAAGUGUUGUUAAGAAGGCAGAGUAGCAAUUUAUUAUGGACAGACUUCUCCCCAUCUUAGCUACUGUUGUAUCAAUAUGUUUUAACCAUGACAGUUUACAAUCUAGGGCUACUCCAAGCAGUUCAGUCGUCUCAACUUGCUCAAGUUCCACAUGAUUUAUUACAAUAUUUAGUUGAGGUUUAGGGUUUAGUGAGAGUUUUGUUCCAAAUACAAUGCUUUUAGUUGUAGAAAUAUUUAGGGCUAACUUAUUCCUUGCCACCCACUCUGAAACUAACUGCAGCUCUUUGUUGAGUGUUGAGUCAUCUGCAUACAUAGGCACUCUGGCUUUACUCGAAGUCAGUGGCAUGUCGCUAGCAAAAAUUUAAAAAAGCAAGGGUCCUAAACAGCUACACUGGGGAAUUCCUGAUUCUAACUGGAUUAUAUUUGAGAGGCUUCCAUUAAAGAACACAGCUGUGUUCUGUUAGAGAAGUAACUCUUUUCCCACAUUAUAAAGCCAUAACACAUACGUUUUUCCAGCAGCAGACUAUGAUUGAUAAUGUCAAAAUCUGCACUGAAGUCUAACAAGACAGCCCCCACAAUCAUUUUAGAUCUCAAACCAAGCUUCAGGGGAGUCGUCUGAAGGUAAACCAGUAUCGGCCUGUAAAAAAAAUAGGUUGUAAAAAGUUUGGUCCCAAAUAACAUGACGAAACAUGGGUUUAAAAUGUAUUUAUUUAUUGGAGUUUUCUCCUCUCAGAAAUAGAUACCUUAUUCCUUAUGAUUUAUUUUUGGACUGAAAUCUAGAGGCUUGAUGUUGGGGUUUCCUUUAUUUGGCAGUUACCUGUGUAUAAAAUGACAUACGAUAUAUCUUCAAGAGAUCUAUCAGUUUUUACAUUGACACAAACAUGGCCAAACUGUAUACAGUAGGUCUAGCCUGAGUGCCAGUCUGUUUUGUGCUCUAUGGCAUGACAAUGAAUGACAAGGAGUUGGCAGUACAGCAUAAAAAGACUGGCACCCAGGCUAGUACAGGUCAUGUGAUGUUUUGCUUGCAGGUUGCCAUGGCGUUGAAUUUAUACAGCUUUGUUGUUGAUAAUGUACAGGUCCACGCCCCACCAAACUCAAAAUAAAUACAAAGUACUAUAUUUUAAAUAAAAGUUUAAACUUGCAAUCUUA